AUGAUGAAAAUAUCAUUUAUUUUGUUUGCUACAUUUUAGGUAUUUAGACAAUCAAAAAAUAUUUCGAAUAUUUAGUGUGCAUGUUAAUAGAUUAUUAGUGAAACAGAAUGUAAUAAUUGGAAUUGUUAAUGGAUAUAUACACCAGCUUAAGGAGUAAUACCAUAGACAGGUUAUUGUGAUUAAGUGUCUUGUGAGUAAUUAAAAUAAUAAUAAUGUCAAAAUGAAUAUACUAGAUGUUACUAUUAAGAAUCUAAUUCUUCAAUUAGUUAGGUUUGUUAUAGAUUUUCUAAAUGUGAAGAUCUAAUUCUAACUUCUAGAUAAACAUGUUAAGAACUUAAUCCUAAAUGUGUAUAAUCAUAAAUAAAUUUAACUAAGUGUAUAGAAUCAGGAUUGCAAUGUUAAGGACUAUCAUAAAAUUAAUGUGGAGGUACAUAAUAAACAAAUAGCACUAUAACAUUAGCAAAUGAAGGAAUGUGUUUUUGGAAUGGAUCAUCUUGUAAUGUUGUGAAAUAAUGCGAAGAACUCUCAUAAGAGAAAUUAUGUACAAAAAAAUGGUUAUAAAAUGCUUGUUAAUGGACAGGUACAAAAUGUGUUAGUUUAACAUGUUCAUCAAUUUUAUAAUCUAAUACAUGUAAAUUUGUAUAAACAACUCCAUUAAAUGAUGCAAUAAUUUAACCAUGUAUUUGGAAUGGUCAAUAUUGUAUAAAUGCAACAUCUGAUUAAUUAACUAAAUAAACUUGUGCUUCUAAUACUAAUUAUUUUUAUAGAUGGUUACCAGUUGAUUAUUAGAAUGGUAUAUGUGCAUAAUGUAAUAAAUAUCAAUAUUAAUUUCGUAAUGAGUGUGAAUGUGAUCAAUUAUUUCUAUAAUCUGAAUGUAAUAGUUCUUUAUAUUGUAAAUGGAACAAUAAUACAUGUAAUAAACUAUAAUGUUCAGAGAUUACAUCAUAAUAACAAUGUGCAAUAAUUCAAGGAUGCUAUUGGAAUGCAUUAUUACUACCUUCUAAAUGUUUACCAUAUAAUAAUUGUUAAAACAUAUUAGGAAAGUUAGACUCUCUUUGUAUUUAAGCUUCUAUUUAUUGUCCAGGAUCUAAUGGUAUUAAUUGUUUAUCUUAAUAAUAAUUACCAAACUGUUCAAAAUUAUUUAAUACAACACCUAUAUAACCUAAUAUCUGCUAUAAUUCUAUAGGUAGUGAUGGAUAUUGUACUUAUGAUAUAACAAAUAGUUCUUGUUCUAAUAUUUAAAAUUGCUCAUAAUUGACUAGUUUAUAAUUGUGUAAUUAAUUUAAUUAUGCAUGUAUUUGGAAUACAGAUAAUCACUGUUAACAAAAAUAAUGUAAGGAUUAUCACACAAAAGAGAGUUGCACAUAUAUUCAAAAUUCUAUUAAUAAUUCUAUAAUUAAUAUUUGUUCUUGGAAUCCUGAUACUUAAUAGUGUAAUUACUUUAAUAAUUCAAUUAAUUAUGAUGUAAAUUAAUGUUACAAUUAAACAGGAAGAACUCAUCAUUGGAGUUAAAGUAAUGUCUAAAAAGGGUUAUGUUUACCAUGUUAGUUUUCUAACCUUUUAAAUGUAAAAUCUACAUGUAAAUGUAAAGAUUUAAUUAAUUAAAUUGAUUGCAUAUCAUCUUUUCCUAAUUGUUUUUGGAGUUAUUCUAAUUAAACAUGCAAUCCUUUAUAAUGUAAUUAAUUAACAAAUUAAGCUUAAUGUAUAUUAAAUUAAGAAUGUUAUUGGAAAAACUCACAAUGUUAUUAGUAAGUCAAUUCAACUUCAUCAUUUUGUUCUUAAUUAAAAGGAAAUACACAAUAAGAAUGUUUAAGUCAAUCCAUUCUUUGUCCUGGAAUCACAGAUGAAGGCUACUGUUCAUAAUCAAUUAAUAAUUGCAGUGAUUAUAAACUAUAUUAUUAAUGUUUUGGUUCUUUAGGUGCUGAUGGCAUAUGUUAAUGGAAUUAAAAUUAACUCUCAUGUCUAGGUGUUAAAAAUUGUAACAUGAUUAAAAAUAAAUCACUAUGCAAUAAUAUGGUAGGUGCUUGUUAUUGGGAUUUAUAUAAUCAGUCCAAUAACUGUACCUAAUAUAAUUGUACUACUCUUUACAAUUAAACUUAAAAAUGUAAUUAUUAUCUUAGCUCACCUAAUUAAUAAUAUGAAGUCAAAUUAUGUUAUUUAAAUGGAGAUAUAUGUAAUUCAACCACUUAAGUUAACAAUCUAGAUGCAUAUAAUUGUUAUAAUUCAUCUGGAAGAACCGCCGGAUGGAAUACAAGAAAUUUAACUGAUGGGAGUUGUGUAUUAUGUUACGAUUAAUUAAUAAGCUCUAGUAUUAUCAUCUUAAUUUCUAUAUUAUUUUGA